UGUGUAUUGGGGGGGCUGGUAAGUGUGGGGUGUCAGGUGGAGGGAUCAGAAAUCGCUUUGUGCUGGAAUAAUACAGAUCAUUUCUCCUCCUGACAGAUGUCUGUGCGUUACGGUCACCCCGGUGUGAAGAAAACCACCAAUAGGAAGAGGACACAAGUGCGGAAGGCGUGGGAUAGCUCCGUUCAAGAUCUCAAUGUACACUGGGCCACCCCAGAGGAACUGGCUCACAGGCACGAGAUCCACAAAUAUAAAAACCAGCGGCUGGCGCAGUGGGAACUUCAGAAGAGAUCCCUAAAGAAGACGUGGAGGAAACAAAGUGGAGGAGCUGCAGACCCGCUGGAGGAGAGGUGGCUGGCCCUGAUGAUGGAGGCUAAGCUAUCUGUCAACAAGAAGUCUGGGAAAGCAUGCCACAAGCAGGAUGCGGUUACAUAA